GCUAACUUCGUUUUUUAGUGGGGUUAGCCUUGAGCACAGGCCUUUAACGCCUUUUGAAUUUCAAUUGGAUCAAGUUUUGAAGCUCUCGCCAAUCUUCAAUUCGGGGCAAAAUUAUACCAAAAAAAAGGUAGCACCGCACCCGACGAUAGGGCAACGUCACUGCGACUUCUCGAGGGCAUAGAAAUUGAUAAUACGCACGAGAAUCCUCUAAGUUGUCAUAAGAGAUGCCGCCACGAAUCAAUUGCUCGGCGCGGAGCAGUGUUAGUCGAGCGCUUCAAAGGACGACGAACUGUCAAAAGCCUACGAUUAUAUUACUACAAAGCUCAAGGGGCGCAUCUAGACACUAUGCGAGCGCCUCCGCUUCACCCAUACCCAUUGGGGCCUUAAGACUUCCCGAUAAUUAUAUCCCGCCGACGCAGCCCCCGAGCGCACGACGACCCGACCAGCGGAAAUCGCAACUCCUCAGAUCUUAUACGGCUCUACUCCGUUCGACACCCCUAAUCCUAUUCUUCCAACAUAACAACCUCACCGCUAUAGAAUGGGCUGCUAUCCGGCGAGAGCUGCGCGCGGCCCUUGCUAAGGUUCCAACACCCGUCGUCGGGCCCGGCGAUAGCAGCAGUAUACCUGUAGAUAUUUCAUCGAGCAUCGAGCUGCAGGUUCUUCGUACGCGUAUCUUCAACGUCGCUUUUAAAGUAGUCGAGUUCUUCGACGCCGACGCGCAGAAAUCCAAGUCCAAUGCCUACACGCAUGACCUGUCCUCCACGGCCUAUGAGGCUAUCAACCAGGCCGCCGCCGCCGUCGAUGAGUCUUCGGCGUAUGCUCAGGUUGCCCCGCUGCUUGUCGGACCCGUUGCCGCCAUCACUUUCCCGGCUGUCUCUCCGGCUCACCUAGCGGCCGUGUUAUCAGUACUAGCACCUUCGCCUCCUGCGUUCCCCGCGCCCUCGCGAAAGAAGAACCCGGGAUACUACGAUAUUACGGCGCAGAGCGGAUUGCAGAAGUUGCUCCUAGUGGGUGGCCGUAUAGAGGAUCGGGUAUUCGAUGACCAGGGUGUCAGGUGGGUCGGCGGCAUCGAGGGUGGCGUCGACUCUCUGAGGGCGCAGCUCGUCGCCAUGCUCCAAAGCGCCGGACUGGGUCUUACGACGGCGCUAGAGGGUCAUAGCAAGGGAUUAUGGCUUGCGUUAGAGGGCAGAAGGACGCAGCUUGAAGAGGAGGCCAACGGGGGUGCCAAGAAGGAAGAGACAAACGAAUAGAGUAUCAAACUAUUGAUCGGAUGUGUGUGGCAUUACGCUGCUGUAUAUUUAUCGUAUCCUGGAUUUGCUGCAUUUCAGUAUCUAGGUAUCUACAUAAAGUAUCCCAUCACUUCGAGAUCACGAUGUUGUCUAGUUGUAUACGUCCUCAAAUGAUUACGUCCUCAAAUGACUACGUGCCGUUAAAUAGGCUACACGGCUGUAAAAUGAGGUUUUACGUAUCUUAAGGGGGAUUCUACUCAGUAUGUACUUAGUACGAUACCUUAUACGG